AUGGGUACCGUUUUGUCAUUCAGUCCAAGGGAUCGACGUGGCUCCGUCUAUCCCCCAACCACCCAUCAACAUUCAACCGAUUUCACUUUAAACAACUUCAAUUACGAGCAAUUGAACAACGCGAAAAAUCGGGAGAAUAAGAGUGCCGUAGCUACGGUGGCGCCGGCGCCUCCUACGAGUCAUCCACCGUCGAACAAUAAUUCCUUGCAAAAUAAUAAUAUUAAUCUAAACAAUAACGACAAUGCGAGAAUUAUCUCGGAGAAGAAUGCGCUCGAGAAGAAUCUCAAGAAACACUCUUUAUUCAUCAACGCUCUAUCGUGGAAACGAUUCAGCACGGCGAACAAUAAUAAGAAAAAGCUCGAUAAUAAGAACAAAAAUAUCGCUUUUAGACAACCACUCGAUAACAUUCCCAUCGUCGAUAAAAAUAAGAACAUACAAACACCUCAGACGAAAGCUCCGGCGUCUAACAACAAUCAUACAACGCACAAUCCUACGUGCGAGAAAUUGGUGCAGAAACCUUUGCCACCUGGACCAAGGAAAACCGUGAUCCAAGCCUCCACGUCAGAACUUUUAAAAUGCCUCGGCGUCUUCCUACACAGGAAGUGCACGCGAUUAAGGGACUUCCAAGCUGGUGACGCAGUAAUGUGGCUUAGAACAGUCGAUAGGAGUCUCCUGCUUCAGGGUUGGCAGGACGUAGCAUUUAUCAACCCAGCCAACGUAGUGUUCGUCUAUAUGCUUGUAAGAGAACUAGUCGAUGGAGACGAAGCUUCCGAGAGAGAACUUCGAGCAACCGUGUUAACGUGCCUCUAUUUGAGCUAUAGUUACAUGGGCAAUGAGAUUAGUUAUCCUUUGAAGCCGUUCCUCGUCGAGGAUAGCAAGGAUAAGUUUUGGGAUAGGUGUCUGUUGAUCGUCAAUCGAUUGAGCUCCGAAAUGCUUGCGGAGCCGACGAGCGUGGCAGUCUAUCUGGAAGUGGCCUCGAACGGAGUCUCGUCGUCUCCGGAGUCGCGGUACCCACCAAGGCGGCUUGACGGAGCUACACACACUUGUGGGUGCGCAUCUACCCGCACGGCUGCGACGUCACGACGCUCUGACGACGGUCGGCACGACGACGAGGAGCUGCGAUCGCAGCUUGACCCCUCCGCAUCGACCUCGGCCUCGACCUCGACGUCGACGUUGCAACGCCAGCAAGAAACUCAGCAACAACAGCAGCAGCAGCCGCAAAAACAGCAUCCGAUUCAUCAGGACAUUAUAAUACAAGGCGGUCGUUGUCCAUCGUGCGGUCAACGACGAAAAGAGGAGAUCGUUUAUACGAUCGAAGAUUUAGAUGCGAUCGAAGCACCGCCAUUGGAGUCGACGAGAACGCCGCCGCCAUCGGCAAGUCGAACCUGCAGCUGCGAGGUCUCCUCGUCGGUCGUCGAUGCAUCCAUUGACGAUGGGGAUCGAGCCGAACUUCGUAAGUAUCGUAGCGUCGAGGCUAGGUGGGCCAACACGAGUUUCCUCUCACCGGACGACGCGAUCUGGGACUUGAAGAAACACGCGAGCGAAGGUACUGAGUUCCGUUGGGCACUUCAUACUUCUAGCACUGACGUUGACUUGGCUAGAAAGGCCAAAUGCAGCUGUCACAAUUUAACCCCAGAAGAAAAGAAACCACACGAUGGGGUACAACGAGGUGAUCUUCGAAAGCAUCACAGUGCUGAGACGGACAAGUGGUCGGUUAAGCCUGAUUAUUUGGCACCACCGAUGCACGAUCUUAGAAAACACAGUAGCGACGAUACGAGGAUGGCACGUGAAGCCAGAUGGACUCUUCAGAUACCUGAGGUAUUACCCAAUCCGAAACCUAGAUGUACCUGUCCGAAGGCAAAGACGUUGCCUCCUUCUCCGUCGCCUGUCGAGCCACCGAAGCUCGUGGAAGAACAGUCGGAAGACAGGGUAGAAGAGGAGAUACCGAAAGAGAAGGAACAACCCGAGAGAAGGAUGGUUUAUUCGAAAUCUCUUACACCCGAGGAACCAGACGCGCCGUCGCACGAGAGGCCUGAACUGAAGAAACACGCCAGCGAAGGAUCCAGAUUAAUUAAACAGGAGAGAGUGAAGGAACGGCCGAAGUUGGUACGAUCUGCGCAUCAAACGAAAAGCAUACUCGGUAUAACCGGUAUGUCGAAGAAAUGGGAACAAAAGGAAACUGUUGCGAGUCCGACCGAGGAUAGUAGAAAACCUCGUGCUAAGUGGGCAAUGAAGCCGCACUUUUCGUUGCCAGCGGAGAAGAAGGAAUCGAGAUGGUCGAGAGGAGACUCGGCUGAUUCAGGCAAAAGUAAGAGUCUAAGAGAAAGACCAAGGUAUAGCAUUCGUAGGAGCAUGUCGCCUGAUCCGGAUCCAAGGCAAAUGACAAGACUGGAGAAUAGGAUCGUUCGACGUUUAAUAUCGCCUGAGAUAACGGUGACGAAUGCCAAAUGGGCACCGUACGAGGACGCUUCGCCAUUGCCGAAUGUUGGGGUUAAAAAACGCGAGCAAAAGCAUAUCAGCGAGAUCAAAUGGACACCGUACGAUGGUUCGCCUAGUGACGCUAGUGGUGGACCAAUCCGAGAACCGACCAUCGAGCCCGAGGAACCAAAGAGUUGGUCACCAUUUCACAACGUUACACCGACUCAUUGUCCACCUUUAGCAACCACGCAAGCUCGUACCGAGGAAGAAGACUUUCGUUGGCGUUUUCUCAACCAGGUAUCGCCCUUCCCGAUUUAUCAGGGUGCCUGGAAGGACGAAUCACCGGAGAAAACACCGAUUAAGAGAGCGCCGAGUCCGAUCGAGUCGUCGCCUGUUUGGUCACCGCAGGUACCGACCACCCCGGUUAAAAGACAGAGAUCGCAACAGCAACAAUUAUCGGUACAAGCGUAUUCCCCGGCUCAACAGAGGAAGAGCAUUGUGAAGGAACGCCGUGGAGCAUCCAAAAAGAAAGCCGCUCUUCGUGCCAGAUCGGAAAGUGGUUAUCAAUUGGAAGAUAGAUUGGCACCGCCGCCACACACGAUAGUUCGUGCCUCGAGCGAAGAGCCAAAAGGUAGACAGAGACCACAGUUGCUCAGAUCCAAAGCCCUUCUCGAAGUUCCAACUACGAUGGACCCUAGCAAGAGGUCCCUCAGCGAGGAGGUACCUCGUAUGCGAUCUCGUGAAUUAGCUCGUGGACCCAACAGAGCUCGAAGCGAAGAGGUACCUAAGUACAAAGAUCCUUGGUUCGCCAAUGAGGACGACGAGGCCACCGAACUUCGGCAAUACGUCACGACGGUCUAACUCUCGAUUCGUUAUCGACGAGAAGCAUUUCUUUCAUUUAUCUCAUAUCUCCCACAUCUCGAUUCCUCAUCGUCUUUUUAAUCAAACAUUAUUUCCUUGAUCUUGAUUUGUCAUACUCUUGUCGCUUUAAACAAGCGACCCUUUCCAUUUGCUUUCCUUCACCAAUGAAGAUUCUACGAUUGAAUCCUGUGAUAUUUCGAGGAUGGAAAGAUUCUCUCUUUUUUUCCGGUUUAUUUCUUUAUAUUAUUUUAUUUCUCUCUUUCUUUUUUUAUAUAUGUAAUUUAUUUUUUUUAACGCAACGUACAAUACCGGCAGACAGACGGCAAUGAAAAGGAACUUCAACAAAGGGACCUUCGAAACAGGCGUUUUAAACUUCGUUGGCCUACGGGGAGAGGAACUACGAUCGAGGAAAGAAAAAAGAAGAAGAAGGAAGGAAAAGAAGGAAUAACCGAAAGAAAAACGAGGAAGAUAUAUUCACAAAAAUUUACGAUUCUUUCCAUAAAUCAAAGUAAUAAAGCUGCGUACGUCACGAGACAAAGAGGAGAGGGGUCAAGCAUCGACGAAUCUAUCGUCUAUUAUUAUUACAUUUUAGUCUAAUACAAAGCGCGAGACAUUACGAAGCGAUCGAACGAAGAUCACAGCGUGUAUUCCUUCGAAGGAAGGACAUUGUCGAAAUUUUUCGAUGAAAUACGAAAAAAUAAGAGAAGAGAAAUAUAUUCUUUUCCGUUCCACGUUUGAUCGAGCUCAUCAUCAUUGAUAAAUGAUGUCCAACGUCGUCGUCGAAUUUAGAAAUCAAUAUCGCACGAUGAUUUCCACGAAGAACGAUAUUAGAAUCGUGUUAGAAGUGAUAUUAGAAAUGACGACAACUAAAAAAGUAAAAAGAAAAGAGAAGAGAAGAGAAGAGAAGAAAAGAAAAGAAAAGAAAAGUUAAGAAAAAGAUAAAGAAAAGAAAAGAAAAGAAAAGAAAAAAAAAUUAAAAUAAAUAACAAGAAAAAAGACGCGAUAGUUAUUUAAACGUUUCAAGUAUAACGCUGUGAACGCGAUUAAAAAGAGAAGGAGAAGAAUAGAAAA